CAUGUAAUAAUGUGUAUAAACGACUUUUAACAUAAAGUUGUGUAAGCGUCCACAAUAAUUACAGUUUAAUUUCUAGUUUAAAGGUCAAUUAAUUAAAAAAGAAAAAAAAAUAUAUAACUGUUAUAAAUCAUGGAGUGGAUGACCAUUAACCAAGACAAGAGAGAAAGCCCAUCGACCACAUCUAGGCCCAGCUGCGGCUGCAUGGAGGGAGAGAGUCGGCCAAGAUCCUACCCGAUUUAGGAUAUAGAUGUUUUCCUUUUCUAUGAUUUGUAAAUAUCUUAAAUCUAGUUGGAUUAGGAUAAGUGUACUUUCCUUUUAUCUUUAUCUUGUAAUCCCUAUAUAAAGGAACAUAUGAUUCAUUAAUAAUAGAGACACAAAAUUCUCUAUUCUUUUACAACAAGUUAUCAGCACGAUAGACUCCCAAAAUCCUGAGACAAAAUCGAAACCUAAAAAUCCUAAGCCGGCGACUACUCUAAACCCUAAGACGUUCCCUGUCCGUCUCAACUUCGACGAUCAAGCUCAACUCCUGGACGUCCUCCGUUCGCGUCCAACGUCCUCAGUUCAGUUCGCGUCCAAUUUCCUCAGCUCACGUUCUCGACUCAGACGAAAACCCGUCCGAGACAGCUCGCGUCCGUCCUCAGCUCGCGACCCGAUAGGACCAAGCUCGCGUCCGUCCGUCUCUUCUUGAGGUUCACUCGUUCUCCCUUGGUGGUCCGGUUCUAAACCCCUACAAAACAAAGGUAUAUCAUUAAUCUGAGAACGUAGAAGAACAAACUCUAAAACCCUAAUCCAUUAUUAUGGAAACCCCUUGUUCUUGAUGAAACCCUAAAAUCGGUAUAAACUAAAAUCGACAAAUCUCAUAACUAGUCAUAAGAAAUCGAUUCCAUUAGAAUAUGUUUGAUUGUUUAUUGUUUCUGUUCUGAAUUAUGAAACCCUAAUAUUGGAAUCGAAACCCUAAACCCUAAAAACUUGAAUUCGAUUUUGAUUGCUAUUGUUUUGAUCGAAUGAUUGAUGAUCUGAGGUUUAAGAUUGAUAGAUUGAUUGAAUAAUCUAAUCUCGAAUUUAAAAUCCUAAAGGCCUUGAAACCUUGAUCACAUAUUGCCAAAAUAAACUCCUAGCAUAGUUUAAAUCAAAACCCUAAUCUCAUGAAUAAGUAAUCGAAUUUACUAAGGUUGUUUACAUAAAGUUAUGAAACUGAAUUUGAAUUGCAUUCGUCUUGUUUCUAAAUAUCUACCAGCAUAUAUAUUUAUACAAUUUUGAAAUUGUUAAAAUCAUAUGGCCGUGUGGCCUAAUCUAUUUGCUUCUAUGUUUGAUCCGCACCAUGGUAGAUUAGAUUGAUUGAAAACAUGAUUGCAUAAGACCUGUUUUGUGGCCGAGCUUAUUGAUUGCCUUGCGGCCACAUGAUCACAUUGUAAACCUAAAUUCGAAUGAUAAUGUGAUCCAGAUGUCGAAAAUCUCAAACCUAGACUAUGCAGCCCUUAAUCUCUCUGGAGAUAACUAUUUGCAGUGGGCGCUAGAUACAAAGAUCAGCCUGAGGUCAAAGGGACUUGGUGAUACUAUCAUCGAGGGCAACAAUAAGACUGAUAAGAAUCGUUAUAAGGCUAUAAGUAUUAUACGCCAUCAUCUCAUUGAAGGUCUAAAAGAUCAGUACCUUACCAUGGAGAAUCCACUAGACCUUUGGACUGCUUUACAGCAAAGAUAUGAUCACCAGAAAACAGUGUUACUCCCAAAGGCUCAAAAUGAUUGGAAGAAUCUCAGAUUCAUGGACUAUAAGUCAGUGGAUGAGUACAAUUCGGUAUUGUUUAAGAUUGUCUCAAUGAUGAUACUUUGUGGUGAAGAAGUGACCGAGAAAGAGUUGCUCAAUAAGACCUUCUCCACGUUCCAUGCGUCGAAUGUGUUACUGCAACAGCAGUAUAGAGAGAGAGGCUUCGCCACAUACACUGAUCUGAUCUCGUGCCUACUUCUGGCCGAGGCAAAUAAUGAACUCCUGAUGAAGAACAGUGAGACUAGACAUGCCGGAACAGCAGCAUUACCAGAAGCUAAUGAAGUUAAAAAGAAAGAUCCCAAAGAGUGCAACCACGUCCAUGAUAAUAGGAGAUCACACGGCAAAGGCCGAGGUGGAUACAAAGGACGUGGCCGUGACAACUACUCGAACGGCCGGAAAGGAAACCACAAUAACCGUGGUCGUGGUUCCAACUAUGGCCGUGGCCGAGGUAGUUAUGGCCGAGGUCGAGGUGGCAUAUCCAAACCAUCUUACUCGACCAAAUAUAUUUGUUACAGAUGCGGGAUGGACAACCAAAUAUAUUGGGCCAAAAAUUGUAGAACUCCUAAGCACUUAUGUGAGCUCUAUCAAGAGAGCCUUAAGAAUAAGAAUCCGGAGGCCCAUAUGGUUCAUGACACCGGAUAUGAUGCUGAUAAUGAUUCCGACUUUGCUAAAGACGACCUCAUGGAUUUUGAGACUUCUGAUUGUCUCAAACACUAAAUUUCACAUCUUGUCUUAUUGCUUUAUGAUUGCUUUGGUGUUUUCAUUAUUGUUGGUGUUUUUCAUUAUUUUGGUGUUUUUCAUUACUGUUGGUGUUUUUCAUUAUUUUGGUGUUUUGAAUUUAUAAAUAUGAAAGUUUUAGAAGUUUUAUAAAAGUCUCCGAGAUUAUAAAUCUUAUUACAUAUAGAAUGAAAUAUGAGAUGAGUAUACUCGUGGUGGAUAGUGGCACAAGUCACACAAUUCUUAAAGACAAAAGAUAUUUCAUUAAUCUCACAAUGCAAAGUGCAAAUAUACACACCAUUUCGGGUGUAGCCAGCCUGAUUGAAAGUCAUGGCCAGGCAUAUGUAUUGAUGCCUAAAGGCACUCAUCUAGAGAUAAAAAAUGCCUUAUAUUCCCUAAGCUCUAAGAGAAGCUUAUUAAGUUUUAAGGACAUAAGAUUGAAUGGUUUCCACCUUGAAACAUGAGAAGAAGGAAGUAAAGAGUUCCUUAAUAUUAUUUCGAUCACCAAAGGCAAUAGAAAGAUCCUAGAGACCAUACCUGCAAUGGCUACUGGUCUAUACUAUGCAAAGAUCAGUAUGAUCGAGGCUAAUGCCUGCAAAAACUUCACUCUAUGGCAUAAUCGGCUUGGCCAUCCCUGCAAUGGCUACUGGUCUAUACUAUGCAAAGAUCAGUAUGAUCGAGGCUAAUGCCUGCAAAAACUUCACUCUAUGGCAUAACCGGCUUGGCCAUUCCGGUACUAGUAUGAUGCAAAAGUUGAUAAUGAAUUCACAAGGGCACACAUUUAAAGGAAUUGUCCCAUAUAACCUCACAUGUGCAGCAUGUGCACAAGAGAAACUCAUUACUAGGCCAUCACCAGCCAAAGUAAAUAAGGAAAUCAUAAAUUUCCUGAAAAGGAUUCAUGGAGAUAUAUGCGGACCAAUACACCCACCUAGUGGGACGUUUAGAUAUUUCAUGGUCCUGAUUGAUGCAUCGACCAGAUGGUCGUAUGUUUGUCUACUAUCCACACGAAAUUUGGCAUUUGCACGUUGGCUUGCUCAGAUUAUAAGACUGAGAGCACACUUUCCAGAUUUCCCUUUAAAGACUAUACGUCUAGACAAUGCUGGUGAGUUUACAUCCCAUGCGUUUAAUGAGUACUGUAUGUCCAUGGGAGUAAGUGUGGAACACUCUGUGGCACAUGUAUAUACACAGAACGGCUUGGCCAAAUCUUUUAUUAAACACAUACAACUGAUAGCCCAACCAUUACUCAUGAGGUCUAAACUCCCGGUAUCAGCGUGGGGACAUGCAGUUUUACAUGCAGCAGAACUGAUUCGCAUCAGGCCAUCUAGUGAGCAUAGAUAUUCACCAUCCCAGUUACUUACGGGUCAUGAGCCAGACGUGUCCCACAUCAAAACAUUUGGAUGUGUCGUUUACGUUCCAAUUCCUCUACCACAGAGUACUAAAAUGGGACCACAGAGGGGGAUGGGAAUAUAUGUUGGAUAUGACUCUCCAACCAUUAUAAAGUAUCUUGAGCCAAAAACCGGUGAUUUGUUUAAGGUCAGAUACGCAGACUCACAGUUUGAUGAGUCCAAAUAUCCGGCCUUAGGGGGAGAUAACAGCCGGUUGAUAAAAGAAAUAUAAUGGUCUCGACCAUCAAUAUCUUGGCAAGAUCCUCGGACUAAAGAAUGUGAUAUGGAAGUACAAAAGAUUAUACAUCUUCAAAAGCUAGGUAAUCAAUUGCCAGAUUCAUUUGCUGACCCGAAUAGAGUGACAAAGUCAUACAUACCAGCUUGUACUGCACCUAUAAGAAUAGAUGUCCAAAAGGGACAAGGUCAAGUUGCUACAGAGUCUAAACAACGUUUGAAACGUGGUAGACCUAUUGGUUCCAAAGAUAAACAGCCUUGGAAGUCCAAGAGAGGUGCUGGAUCCGAGAGCAUUAAGGAAACCGUCCAUGACAUUGGUGGACCGGCCGAGCCGACCAAGAUGGUCGAGCCUAGUGGGCCGGCCACACCAAAUGAACCGGCCGUUCCAUAUAAUGAGGUUCAGGACGCUGAACUUCAUGGAACGCCAGGUCCGGAUAAUCAAGAGAUCUCUAUCAAUUGUAUAAUGUUUGGAACACAAUGGAACAAAAAAGAUAUCGACGUCGAUGAUAUAUUUGCAUACAAGGUAGCAUUUGAGAUCAUGGAUAUAGAUGAGGAUCUAGAACCCACGUCCAUACAAGAAUGCAUGCGAAGAUCAGAUUGGAUCAAAUGGAAAGAAGCUAUAAAUGUGGAGUUAGAAUCAUUGAGAAAGAGAGGCAUUUUUGGCCCUAUAAUCAUGACAUCGAGUGAUGUCAAACCAGUGGGAUACAAAUGGGUUCUUGUGAGAAAAAGAAAUGAGAAAGGAGAAGUAGUGAGAUAUAAAGCACGGCUUGUUGCACAAGGAUUCUCACAGAGACCAGGAAUAGAUUAUGAGGAGACUUACUCCCCUGUGGUGGAUGCAACUAGAUUAAGAUAUCUAAUCAGUCUGGCCGUAAAAGAAAAACUUGAUUUACGCCUAAUGGAUGUAGUGACUGCAUAUUUAUAUGGUCCACUGGAUAAUGAAAUUCAUAUGAGAGUUCCAGAGGAUAUUGAGCUCAAAGAUAAGAAAGAUUCUCGAGAACAACAUUGCAUUAAGCUGAAUAAAGCCUUAUACGGUUUGAAACAAUCAGGUCGAAUGUGGUACAACAGAUUAUCAGAGUACCUACUGAAAGAGGGUUAUAAGAACGAUCCAAUAAGUCCAUGUAUUUUUAUCAAGAAAUUCGACAACAAGGGCUUUGUGAUCAUGUCGGUUUAUGUGGACGUCCUGAAUAUAAUAGAAACCCCUGGAGAGAUUACCCAAACGGUCGAAUGUCUAAAGAGAGAACUCGAGAUGAAAGACUUAGGGAAAACUAAGUUCUGUUUGGGACUGCAAUUUGAGUAUGUAAACAAUGGAAUCCUUGUGCAUCAGAUGGCAUAUACAUAAAAGAUACUCAAGAAGUUUAAUAUGGACCAGGCUCAUCCCUUGUCGAGUCCUAUGGUCGUGAGGUCCUUAGACCAAGAGAACGAUCCGUUCGGACCAAAGAAAACGGACGAGGAGAUGCUCGGUCCGGAAGUGCCUUACCUAAGUGCCAUUGGAGCUUUAAUGUACUUUGAUAGCCACACUAGACCAGACAUUUCUUUUGCCGUGAAUAUAUUAUCUAGAUUUAGCUCUUGUCCAACUCUUAGGCACUAGAAUGGAAUAAAACAUAUGUUCAGAUACCUGCAAGGAACAAAAGAUCUCGGAUUAUUCUAUACCGACGGGCCACGAGAGAGUUUGGUCGGAUAUGCAGAUGCUAGGUACUUGUCAGACCCACAUAAUGCUAGAUCUCAAACAGGAUAUGUGUUUAUACAUGGUGGGGCUGCAAUAUGUUGGCGGUCCACAAAACAAUCCUUAGUGGCCACAUCCUCUAAUCAUGCCGAGAUCAUAGCAAUGUAUGAAGCAAGCCGUGAGCUUGUAUGGUUGAGGAACAUGACCGGCCACGUCCGUGUAGAGAGUGGUUUGGCCGUGGGAAAGGAAGGGCCAACGAUCAUCUAUGAGGACAAUGCAGCUUGCAUAGCUCAGCUCAAAGAUGGAUACAUCAAAGGAGAUAGGACAAAGCAUAUCCUGCCCAAAUUCUUCUUCACCCACGACCUGCAGAAGGCUAAAGAAGUUCAAGUGAUUCAAGUUCGGUCAAGUGAUAAUUUGGCCGAUCUCUUCACCAAGUCUCUGCCAACCUCAACGUUCAAGAAGCUCGUUCAUCAGAAAGGAAUGCGCCAGCUGAAGGAUCUUCAGUGAUGCAUUCAUCAGGGGGAGUUUCAUGCCUUGUAAUCUUUUUCCUACUUUGGGUUUUUGGUUUUUCUAGAAAGGUUUUAAUGAGGCAACCUCGUGCAUGAUACAAACCCAUAUGGUUAUGGCAUCCAAGGGGGAGUGUUAUAAAUCAUGGAGUGGAUGACCAUUAACCAAGACAAGAGAGAAAGCCCAUUGGCCACAUCUAGGCCCAGCCGCGGCUGCAUGGAAGGAGAGAGAGUCGGCCAAGAUCCUAGCCGACUUAGGAUAUAUAUGUUUUUCUUUUCUAUGAUUUGUAAAUAUCCUAAAUCUAGUUGGAUUAGGAUAAGUAUGCUUUCCUUUUAUCUUUAUCUUGUAAUCCCUAUAUAAAGGAAAAUAUGAUUCAUUAAUAAUAGAGACACAAAAUUCCCCAGUCUUUUACAACAAUAGCCGUUGGGGAAGAAGGAAGAGCGUAACGGCUAUUUUUUUUCCUUUGGGUUUAUUUAUAGAACCUUUAGUCACAACUCAUGUUCGAAAACACGGGUAAGGCGUCCGAUUAAGCGCCGGCGAGACGUUGGGCGGUGCUUGGCCGUGGAGAUUUCGCCAUAGGCAGCGAACAAAUCGGAGGUUACAGUAUAAACUUUCGUUUAAAACUCACAUUAAAUGGCAAAUCUAUGUAUCUGUGACAUAACUAUUAGGUAAACCGGAUUAGUAUUGUUGAUUUAAUCUCCGGUUCAUUUGUCUGUUAUGAUAACCGGUUUACACAUUACUAUAUAUGUAAACAUUUCUUCUUUAACGAUCAAUAAGAAAGAAUGAGUUUGUUACAUCGUCUCUCUCGUUUACUAUGUUAACACUAAGAUGGUAUCAGAGCGCUGAGGAUACAAAGCUCAACCAAUCUCCCAAUUGAAUCAUCUUUCUCGAUUUUUGAUUGAUUUUGUGGUUAUUCCGCCACGGAUCUUCAAAAUCUUCAAAUCGAACUCUUCCGAUGGUGCUCACUCGUCGAUCUACGCGUCAUCUUGGUCGAUCAAUCACCGUUUCAGCUCGAUGAUCUUCUAUUCCUGAAGGAUCGUCUCCGGUGGACUUUAAAACUGACGAGCUCUCUCCGCGUAGUAUUCAUUCACCAUUUCAUCUCACGAAUGGUGAUAACCCAGGUCUUUCGCUAAUCUCUGACGUCCUUGAUGGUACAAACUAUGAUAACUGGAGUAUUGCGAUGAAUAUUGCUUUGGAUGUGAAAAAUAAGCUUGCGUUCAUUGAUGGAUCUGUUGUUAGACCUUUGGAAACUCAUGUUCAUUUCAGGAUUUGGUCUCGCUGCAACUCAAUGGUCAAAUCCUAGCUUCUCAACUCGGUUUCUAACCAGAUCUAUAAGAGCAUUCUCUGUUUCAACGAUGCUUCUGAAAUCUGGAAAGAUCUCCAGACUCGAUUCCAUAUCACGAAUCUUCCUCGCUCAUAUCAGCUUUCGCAGUAGAUCUGGUCUCUUCAACAAGGUUCAAUGGAUCUUUCUACAUACUACACCACCUUGAAGACUCUUUGGGAUGAAUUGGACGGAUCCAACUACAUCACAAUUUGUUGCAAAUGUGAUUGUUGCAAAGCGAUAGAUACUAAAGCAGAUCAUGCUAAAAUAAUAAAGUUCUUGGCUGGUUUGAAUGAAUCCUAUGCAGUGAUAAAGUGCCAGAUCGUCAUGAAGAAGCAUGUUCCUGACCUUUCUGAGAUCUACAACCUUUUUGAUCAUGAUUUCAAUCAGAGGAACAUCAUUCCAGUUCACAAUGUUGCGGCUUUCCAAGUUGCUGCUUCUUUUCCCUCGGUCAACAAUGCUCAGUCUACCUCUACUCCCAAGCACGUCAGGCUAAUUUGUACUCAUUGUGGCUACAAUGGUCAUACGGUGGAGACGUGUUAUAAAAUUCAUGGCUAUCCAGUUGAUUUUAUACAAAAACCGAAGCAGCAAUCUGACAAAUAUCAGAACAAGAGGCAUGCUUCAGCUAAACCCAUUGUUGCUCAAAUUGCUUUGGAUGAAACCUCUUCGAGUGUGUUUGGUAGUCUCACAAAGGAUCAGAUUGCAGGCGUCAUUGCACAGACUCCAUCAUUGAUGUACUCAGAUUAAAACAAAAGAAUAAAAGUGCUUUUAAUUGCGACAUAUGUCCUCUAGAUAAACAAAAACGCCCCCGUUUCAAAUCUAACAACAACAUGUCUGAUAAUCCAUUUGAUCUCCUACACAUCGACGUUUGGGGUCCUUUCUUUACCUCAACAGUUGAAGGCUACAGAUAUUUUUUGACGAUUGUGGAUGAUCAUACAUGUCUAACAUGGAUUUAUCUUUUACGAGCAAAGAAUGAUGUCUUAUAUAUCUUUCCUGACUUCAUCACAAUGAUAGAACGUCAAUAUAAAGCAGUGGUCAAAGCGGCAAGGUCAGAUAAUGCACCGGAAUUGCGUUUUGUUGCAUUAUACAAACAAAAAUGUAUUAUUUCAUACCAUUCUUAUCUUGAGACACCAGAGCAGAACUCAGUGGUGGAGCGUAAGCAUCAACACAUAUUGAAUGUGGCUCGAGUCUUAUGUUUUAGUCUCAGGUGUCAUUGGAAUUCAGGGGAGAUUGUGUUCUCACCGUGGUUUUUAUUAUCAACAGGCUUCCUUCUCCAUUGUUGAAAGAUAAGAGUCCUUUGGAACUUCUUACUUCCAAGAAGGUGGAUUAUAAUGGUCUUCGUGUCUUUGGUUGUUUGACAUAUUGUUCUACAUCUCCGAAGCAGAGGACUAAGUUUCAACCUCGCUCACGGUCUUGUGUGUUUCUUGGCUAUCCAGCCGGUUAUAAAGGCUAUAAAGUGAUGGAUUUGGAAACCAAUCAAACUUAUAUCUCACGUAAUGUGAUUUUUCAUGAGGAUAUGUUUCCUUAUGCGAAGGGAAAACCCAGUUUAUAUACUGAUGUCUUUUCUUCUCCAGUAUCAGACAUUCCAUUUCCUUCUACUGAAGACAUUCAUGGAAUAUCUGUUCCUGAUAUCGCUAUUCCUGCAGUCACAUCUUCUGAUUCUUCAGAUGGUGCUUCUAGUUAUACUCACAGACCUGAGCAUACCAAGCGAAUUUCCAAGUUGCCGUCUCUUCUUGAGGAUUAUUACUGCAAUGUUAAUGAGCUUAAUAAAGACAUUCCCUAUCCUUUGUCAGCUUAUUUGUCUUAUGAUAAUUUCUCCACAUAAUACAAAGCCUACAUCUGUUCUGUUGCUCUUUAUCCAGAACCAACCACUUUCACUCAGGCAAAACGUUUUGAUGAAUGGUUACAUGCCAUGAAUGAAGAGUUACUUGCUUUGGAAAAGAAUGAUACAGUGACUGUCUGUUCAUUACCACCAGGCAAACAUGCUAUCGGCUGCAAGUGCGUAUAUAAGAUCAAGAUAAACGCAGAUGGUACUUUUGAAAGAUACAAGGCUCGCUUGGUUGCUAAGGGUUAUACCCAACAGGAAGGUAUUGAUUUUGCUGAGACUUUAUUAUUGCUAGUAAUGUCACCGAAGACGUUGAUCAGCCGAAAGAUGAUCUACAUAAGGCAUUCAAAAUCUGGGAUCUCAGUUCUUUGAAAUAUUUUUUAGGCCUUGAGAUUCCUCGUUCUACUAAAGGCAUCUCGGUUUGUCAACGAAAAUAUACUCUGGGUCUUUUGGAAGAAUCAUGUCUAAUGGCUUGUAAACCUUCUCCUAUACCAAUGGACCCUAGUAUUAAGCUCAUUCAAGACCCUCAAGAACCGCUUCUUGACGAUGCUUGUGCUUAUCAUCGUCUUGUUGGCAAGAUGAUGUACUUGACAAUCACUCGCCCUGACAUUACGUUUGCGGUGAACAAGUUAUUUCAGUAUACAUCGGCUCCAAAGCCUUCUCACCUUCAUGCGGCCUAUAAGGUUCUUCAUUACUUAAAAGGGACCAUCGGCUUGGAUCUUUUCUAUUCCCCGGACUCUGAUCUUGUUCUAAAGGGGUACACUGAUGCGGACUGGGGUUCUUGCGCAGACACAAGACGAUCCACAUCUGGCUAUUGUAUGUUUCUUGGUAAUACUUUGAUCUCGUGGAAAUCUAAGAAGCAACAUGUUGCCUCUCAUUCCUCUGCUGAAUCCGAAUACAGAGCCACAGAGUUUGGUUCCCGUGAAGUUAUUUGGUUGGUCAAUUUGUUAGCUGAGUUACAAGCUCCGCAGGAUGGUCCUAUACCAUACUACUGUGACUCGACUGCAGCUAUCCACAUUGCCAAUAACCCAGUGUUUCACGAGCAUGCAAAACACAUCGAACGGGACUAUCAUUUGAUAUGUGAUCGUAUUAAAGCUGGUUGGAUCAAGACUCUUCAUGUUCGAACUAAUAGGCAGAUUGCUGACAUGUUCACUAAACCUUUAUUCUCUCCUCAGUUCUAUUCUCUGGUUGGCAAGAUGGCUCUCAAAACGUUAUACUUGCUAUCUUGAGAGGGAAUAUUAGAAUAAACCGGUUUAGUACUGUUGGUUUAAUCUCCGGUUCAUUUAUUUGUUAUGAUAAUCGGUUUACACAUUACUAUAUAUGUAAACAUUUCUUCUUUAACGAUCAAUAAGAAAGAAUGAGUUUGUUACAUCAUUUCUCUCGUUUACUCUGUUAACACUAAGAAUAACUAAGACGAAAUCACACAAAAAUUUGAUGAUUUAGAGGAAAAUAGUUGAUGGCCGCCAUGAGAAUAGCCUUGCAAAGUCGAAACCCUAAAAAAACGUUAUGGGGAAGAUGAUGAAAAAUUAAAAAUAUGCCACUCAAUAAAUAGAAAAUUAAAUAAAAAAAGGAAAACAGGAACUGGCUGCAACGAACCCGGGAACAGAGCUAUUAAACAAACAACUCUUACCACUAGACCAUUGGAACCUAUUGGUAUAUCUUCUAAAAAAAAAUCUAAUAUUACAUAUAUUAUCCGAAAUUUUGAA